AUGCUGUCUUCCAACGUUCUACGUGCUCUGGCAGUCUUUGCUGCUGCUGUAAAUGCAGGGCCCUGCCGUCCGUCGACAACUCUAGCUGGAACCACUACUGAGGUCACCUCAACCGCAACUGUUGUUGGCAGUACUACCGAUCUCUCAUCCACUACCAUCGAGAGCGCCACAGAGACUGAGACAACCAAUAUUCCCACCACUACCACGGCGAUUGCUGAGGAGUCGACUACUACCACCGCUAUCAUCGAGGAGUCUACCACUACGGAUAUCCCUACCACUACCACGGCCAUCGCUGAAGAGUCUACCACUACCGACGCCGCAAGCACCACGACCACCGCAGCGGUUAAUGAUUAUCCAUGCUCUACUAGUGACGACUGUGCUCAAUUCGCAGACCUGUGUCUCGAUGGGCUGCUGAACAUAUGCUACUGCGACAGCGCCGAAUGCGUGCCGCAGCUCUAG